AUGCUCUAUGUACCACCAGGGAUCCGAAGAGGAGACCCGGAUGUUGCGUAUGCGCAGUUCUUAAAAAUGCACAAGUGUUACGACGUGAUGCCAAAAAAUUCCAAGUUGGUCGUUCUGAAUACGGCUUUGCCGGUAAAAAAGGCCCUCUACGCCCUUAUCUAUAGUGGCGUGCGAUCAGCGAUGUUGUACGAUGACUCGGACCGCAGUUUAUGCGGUCAUUUGACGAUCAGUGAUUUCAUCAACAUCUUGCUCAAGUAUUAUGAUAGAAGUCCGGAGGAGUUGAGCACGUUGCUGUCCAACCAAGUGAUCUCGCAGUGGAGGGAAAUCCUGAAAUCAGAAGAUCGACUGAAGGUGUUCAGAAAGGUCGGUGCUAACCAGAGCCUUUAUGACGCGUUCAUCGUUUUGCUGGAGACCAGUUAUCAUCGCAUACCUGUUCUUGACGAAACAUCCGGCAACCCGCUGCAUUUUUUGACACACAAGCGGCUGCUGCAGUAUUUAUAUUUAUAUAUGAACGAUUUGCCGAAGCCAAGUUAUCUGUACGAAGGUGUUCGCUUUCUGAACAUCGGCACUUACGAGAGCGUGCUGUACGUGCACCCGAACACAAAGUUGAUUGAUUGCUUGGCACGUUUGAGUGAGAAGCCGAUCUCAGCGGUGCCCGUCGUUGAAAGUGAUGGCACCGUGGUUGACGUUUACGCACGAUUCGAUGCAAUCCAGAUUGCCGCCGAGGGAUCCUUCACAGUCCUUAGCAGGACGGUUCGUGAGGCGCUGCAAAGCAGGAAGAACGCCAAGUGGUUUUCCGGCGUGGUCACUUGCGUGGAGUCGGAUACACUUUUGUUCGUUAUCGAGAAGCUGGUUGUCGCUGAGGUUCACAGCCUCAUCGUAUUAAACGAUGAGAACCAUCUUUCCGGUAUCAUUACGGUGUCGGAUGUUCUUCGAUAUAUCAUAAUGAAACCCCAACGUGGCAUCAUGAAGCAAUGA